ACUCUGCCUUUCGACGGCGACUCCACAGUUGCUCAACCCAGGGAGAUUUCCAUAUGGACCUAUAUGACACACCUGCGUUGACUUAAAAAGAACAAGCCAAACACACCUUCUAGUCGAUCGAGAGAAAAGAUAACGACAUUGAUAUUGCAAUUGAUAUUAUAAAAAUGCCAUUUACAUACUUCUUCCAGACUAAAUAGAAGAUGAAUUAAAAAAAGAAAAAAGAAAAAAAACUUUUCGGCACAGGGGGACUAUCGCUUCCCAGGAAAAUGUGACUGCUAGGAAUUCCCCACGCGUUAUUGGAGAGAACGUCAGCGUCGUGCCAGGCAGGGAGCCGUGGCAGGAGGAGGCUUCAACCGCUGCCCGCUUGUGUAGCCUCGGCUCGCCUUCCGUCUCAGGAUAAUGCUGUUAUUUUUCUCAUUUAUUGUAAUUCCCGAAGACGUCGGGAACAUCGAAGUAAUCGUCGUCUCCCAAAGGGUAUAGAUGCAUGAGGUGGAUCUUGAGCGGGACCAGGGUGCUUCCGGUGGGGCCAGGCUGAUCCUCUGAAUUUCAGCUUGUGGUCCAGAAAGAGAAAGUCAGACUAGGAAGCAAUCUUGCAUUGUGAAAGUCUGCUUCGGGCCUCUGUAGGGGGCACUGUCCGUGUGGAGAAAGAGCCAAAGUGGCCACCGCCAUGACCACCGCAGUGCAGCCCAAUGAACUGGUGUUUGAGUUUGCCAGUAACGGGAUGGAUGAAAUCAACCAGCUGGAUGACCCGUCUGUGUUCCCCGCUGUGAUCGUGGAGCAGGUGCCCGCCACAGAUCUGCUGCAGGUGUACUCGGGCCUCGAGUCAGACGAAGUGACCAACGGCAUCAUGAUGGACAACGCCAUGCACGUGGCCGAGGUGCCUUCCAUCCUGGUGGGAGGCGUGGACCUCUCAGAAACUGUCUCGGGUGCAGAAGACAGUAUGGAGACAAAUGAGGCGGCUGCGGCUCUGCUCAACAUGGAGUCACCAAACAACAUAUUGGACGAGAAGCGCAUGUUUCACAACUACGGUACUCUGCUCGAGGCGGACCUGACGUAUGCGCCCUUAAGGCCCGACCACAUGGAGAACGACGCCCUUGACAUGUCACCGGAUGAGGACACCUCAUCCAUGGACGAGAUCCCCCAAAAAUGUCCUUUGAAGCCACAGAGAAAAAACAAAGUGAGAAAGCCCCGGGCGGUGCGCUCAUGCUCCCCCAUCUCCACCCCAAACCUGCCACUGAGGAAGAAGAGCAAAGAGGGCAAAGGCAACACCAUCUACCUGUGGGAAUUUCUCCUGGCUUUACUGCAGGACAAGAACACAUGUCCCAAAUAUAUCAAAUGGACACAGCGGGAGAAAGGCAUCUUCAAAUUGGUUGACUCCAAGGCAGUCUCCAAGCUUUGGGGCAAGCAUAAGAACAAGCCUGACAUGAACUACGAAACCAUGGGACGAGCACUCAGGUACUACUACCAGCGAGGCAUAUUGGCUAAGGUGGAAGGUCAGCGUCUGGUCUACCAGUUCAAGGAGAUGCCAGCUGACCUGGUGGUGAUCGAGGACGACGACGCAGGGUCUGACGGUCACGAAUACAACGCCCAGAGGUCCGCCAAUGGGAGGUCUGUGGCACGGGGGGGCUCCAGAGGGAGGGCUCACCAGCAGGUCAAGCAGAUGAAGAAAGAGCCCGUCGAGCAAUGUCUGCAGCAGGAAGCGCAGGGAGGACAAGCUGAACAACUCCUGCAUAUACUGCAAGCUAACCAGGGGGCGGACAUGGCACAGGCUAUGAGGGCCAUGAAUGCUACCGCUUCACUUCCGGUUGUCUUGACGUCUUCGAGUUCUCUUCAGUCUCUGCCCCUCACCACUGUCCUCUCCAACGGGGACCCCACUCACUGCUCCCCCCCUCGCGUCCUCCUCCAGUCCAUGCCCCCCACCAGCACCUCAGCCAGCGAUGUGCUGACCAUGCAGGCGGCCAACGGCCUGCAGGAGGGCUUCCCCCAGCAGCUGCUCGUCACCAACCUCGGCACGUCCGCCAUCUCGUCGGCCUCCACCACGUGCCCGGGUACCAUUUCCUCCGUCUCGAGCCUCCCCCGCCUGCUCACCAUCAACACCACCUGCGGGCAGACCAUGGUGGCGCAGCAACCCGGCACAGUCAUCGCCACCGUGCUAAAAUCGGGCGAUUUGUGCGGGCUGCAAGUGAAAGAGGAGAUGCUGGAUGCCAGCUAUUUCCAGUCCAUGGUCAACGGCGAUCCUUCCUUCGCCAACACCUUUGCCAAGGAGAACAUGGACACCAGCGAGGCGGAGCUGCAGUACCGAACUGUGAUCAUCGACACCAGCCACGCUCAUGGCCAGGAGCUUGCCGGCGAAACGGCGUUCAGUGGACUCUCUUGCCAGAGCAGCAGCCCUUGUGAAGGCCUCACCCCUGUGGAGGAGCUGGAGGUGCGAGGGGAGAUGUCUCUGCAGUCCCAACAGGCUAUCAAAGGCCUGCAGGAGCUGCCCCUCUCCAUGCAGGUGCCCACAAACUUUAUCCAGAUAAAGACGGAGCCUGCGGAGGCCUGACUUGCUUCUGUUUCUUCUUCUCAAGCUCAACUAAAAAGCAGCCCGAAUACCAUUUGGAACAUGAUGGUGGUUGUUUUUGUUUUCUUCCACGUUGCUGCAGUCUGAUCCAGGAUCAGCUGUUGCUCCUCCAGGUUGCUCAGUUCUGCCUCGAGAUCGAAUCGUUUACUCACUUUUCUGUGAUCAUGUGCCUAAAGAAAUGUAUCAAGGGAGUGUCUCAUAUUUUUUAAAGAUGUCACAUUUCAGUUUUUGGACAUGCGAAGAUAUUCACGCACCAACCUCCUCCCUUAAGGAGAACAGCCAUUGGAUGAUGACACAGGGAAGCUUGUUUGCCAAUUGUGCCAGUUAUUCUGUUAUUGUCUUAAAUCUCAGUGGACAUGCAAAUGGUGAAAGAAAAGAGGCUUGGCUCAGUACAAACCAAAACAUGGGGGACUGAAAACAAAACGGAGCAAGGAAAUUGGACUUUCUGGCUGAGGGAACGCCAGCAACCAAUGAGCAUCAUUGCAGACCCUCAAAUGCAAAGAGGACCCUGAUGACUGCUUUUGGGACAUGGUACUACUUUAUUUUCUUAGAAGCAAAAGCAAAGUCCUCUCUAGUAGACUACUUCAUGCUUCCAAACUGGAAAGGGCAUUUGGAAGAAAAUAAAUCUUGGCACAGAUUGGAGGCAAAGACAGAAUUCUCGAUAAAACUUUUUUCUAUAUCAGCUGGUGAUUUUGAGGCUGAAAUCCUGUUGAUAUGAGACGGAAUAUGCAUGGAUCUCUCUCUGUAUAGACAAAUGAUAAUACACUUGAGAUUCACUAUUAUGGCCACGGCAAAUUUUAUUUAUUUUGUGAAUUUCUAAAUUCUGUAUAAAAAAGGCGCAUUUGUACUCUAUUUACAUGAGGGAAAAUACAAAGAAUAUAUACAUGUUUAGUACGAGGAAGACCAAACUCUUUUUUUCCAUAAAUAUAUAAACUGCUUUUCUCUUACCCUUGUUUCCGUUCCCCUUACAUGUUGUUGUUCAUAUCCUGCUGUGUGCGCGCGCUUCUGUUUAGCAAGGAUAUUGUAGUUGUCAUGCAUUAAAAGCAUUCAAGAGUCAGUAUCAAAAGAAUCAAUCAGUAUGGGGAUAUAAAAGUCAUUUAUCAUCUCUUUUGAACCAGUGCUAUUCUGUUCAUUUACACACGUCUUCUCGGCUCCUGCUAACAUGUGAAUCCAGUGUGUGCAUUCUCCAUGCCGAUGACACCCGAGGCCAGAUUUAUGAUUGGACCCCAUCGGCCAUAGUGCCGUGUCUAAACAGGCCAAACUUUCUCUACAAUGGGUGGAGGCACAGAGGGGUCAUGCAGAUACACUGACCUUGAUUCACAGAGCAGGAGUUAUAUAAACUCCUAGUCUUAGUUUGUUUGGUUCUGUAAGGACAAGCUGAAUGUAUACAUACUGUUCAAAUAUAUGCAAGAUAAUGACAAUCAAUAAUUACACUGGAGACAUUUUCUUAUCCAAAUCUUGUUUAUGCUGCUGCUUUAUUUGCUCCAUAUACUUAGCCUUUAUGUAGACCAACCUCGCCUUAAAGCACUGUUGUUUCUUGACCAUUAACUGUCAGUGGCCUUCUUAAUGCCGAGUAUACUUAUAAAGCUUCUUCCUUGUUUUGUGACACAACAGAUGUCCAGAAAUCACACGCAGCCCAAAAAAAGGAAAAAAAAACCAUGCAGAAACAUUAAACUUGGAGACAAAAACAGUU